AUGUCAUUCGAACUCAAAGAAAAGGGCAACCAGCUCUUCAAGGAAGGCGACUACAAUGGCGCGGAGGAUCUCUAUUCCCAGGCCAUUCAGAAAAAUCCCCGCGAACCCACCUUCUUCACCAACCGCGCGCUCACCCGCAUGAGACUGGAAAAAUGGGCCGGUGUGGAGCACGACGCGCGCGCCGCUAUCGAGCUCUACGGCCCCAAGAACCCCUCCAGCCUCAAGAGCUGCUGGUACCUGGCGCAGGCGCUCCUGGGUCUGAGUCAGCCGCAGGAGGCGUACGAGGUCGCCAUUGACGCCUACCGGGCCAGUCUGGCGGCUAAAAGUGCGCAGACGGAGAACCUGUCUAAGACGGUGCUGCGCGCGAAACAGCAGAUCUGGGCUGCGAAGGAGACGGCGAGGCUGCGUGAGAUGAACGGGACCCUGGCGACAGUGGAGCAGCUGAUCGAGGCGGAUCUGAACAGGGAGCUGGCGGAGCUGCAGGCGAGCCUGGAUAAGGGCGAGAUCGGGCAGACGGGCUUCGUGGAGGACCAGAAGGUGCUGCGUGCAGAGGCUGAGAAGAAUGUCCAGAAUGUGCGGGAGGCGUUUCGGGUUGCCUCCCAGGGGGAGAUUCAGGAGCGGGUCGUGCCGGACUAUCUGAUCGACGGCAUCACGUUCGAGAUCAUGCAUGAUCCCGUCAUCACGCCCUCCGGGACCAGUUUCGACCGCAUUGGGAUCCUGAAGUACGUCGAGCAGUCCGGCGUGGAUCCCAUCACCCGCGUGCCCAUGACGUCCAACGACCUCCGGCCCAACUAUGCCCUGAAGGCUGCGUGCGAGGAGUUCCUCACGAAGAAUGGCUGGGCUGUGGACUGGUAG